GGAAAAAUAUUGCAGGUUCAUGUUUCACGUCGGAACGUUUUUGUCUGAACGGACACACCGGAAGUCUUCUCCACAUCGAAUUGUAACCAUUUGAGACGUUACCGUCGUAAACCUUUCCAGACAUGACGGACAGAUACAACAUCCACAGCCAGCUGGAGCACCUCCAGUCCAAGUACAUUGGCACCGGGCACGCCGACACCAGCAAGUGGGAAUGGCUGGUGAACCAACACCGGGACUCGUAUUGCUCCUACAUGGGACACUUUGACCUCCUCAACUACUUCUCGGUGGCCGAGAACGAGAGCAAAGCGCGCGUCCGCUUCAACCUAAUGGAGAAGAUGCUGCAGCCAUGUGGACCACCGGCAGACAAACCUGACGACGCCUAGACGCUUGUUUUUUUGUAUUUUUACAUUCACAAAUCACAAAUGGACUAGUCUUCACUAAUUUCAUUCUGGAACUUGAGGUUCUGCAGCUAUUUUUUUCUGUUACUUGAGCCAAACUUGCGAGCAGGAAGAAAAAUGCAAGUUUCUGGCUUUUAAAUAACUGCAGUGCUUUGCUUAUUCAUUGUUAUUAAUUAAAUCAUAUUUCUCACCAA